AUGGAUUUAACAGCGGGCCAAGGCUCAUCUUUACAUCUAUCAUCAAAAUCAGAAUUUUUAAUCGGUGGUAAAUAUCGAUUAGUACGUAAGAUAGGUUCUGGUUCAUUUGGUGAUAUUUAUUUGGGUAUAAAUAUAACAAAUGGUGAAGAAGUUGCUAUUAAACUUGAAUCAGUUAAAGCUCGACAUCCACAAUUAUUAUAUGAAUCAAAAUUAUAUAAAAUUCUACAAGGUGGAAUUGGUAUUCCACAUAUACGAUAUUAUGCACAAGAAAAAGAUUAUAAUGUUCUCGUAAUGGAUUUACUUGGACCAUCACUUGAGGAUCUCUUUAAUUUUUGUUCGCGACGAUUCACAAUGAAAACUGUUCUUAUGCUUGCUGAUCAAGUAUGAUAAUUCAUUUUUUUUCUGAAUUCAUUUAUAAUUU